UCCAAGGUAUGCCCUUGAAGUCAAAAUCUGUCUUUUAUUUUCUCUUCAUAAUUUCUCUGAUCCUCUCUCUCUCACCUUCUUCUUCUUCCCUAAUCGAGUUUACCUCCGGUGACCCCUUCCCAUCUCCGUCAAGGGGUCUCCUUCUUCAUCCUCCCCACUAAACAGAUCAAAGGAGAAACCCUACAAUUCCUUCAAAAAAAAAAAAAAAAAAUCAGAAAAAAUCAGAAAUUUUUUUGUAAUUCAAUUUUGAUUUGAUUUAAUUUAUCGAAGAGAUGGCAGGAGAGAUGGAUGCAGAAGGAAUUGAUGGAGUACGUAUGUCAUGGAAUGUUUGGCCAAGAUCUAAAGUUGAAGCAAGUAAAUGUGUGAUUCCAAUCGCAGCUUCAAUUUCACCGAUCUGGCAUCAUAAAGAUAUACCUAAUCUUCCUUAUUUACCAUUAAGAUGUAAAUCAUGUUCAUGCAUCUUAAAUCCCUAUUGUCGUGUUGAUUUUACUGUUAAAAUAUGGAUCUGUCCAUUUUGUUUCCAGAGAAAUCAAUUCCCACCUCAUUAUUCAUCCAUUUCUGAACAGAAUGUUCCUGCUGAACUAUACCCACAAUAUACCACUGUUGAAUAUAAUCUCCAACAACAAUUUCAACAAAACCCUAAUGAUCCUGCGUCUGGGUCUGCUCCACCACCUGUAUUUUUGUUUGUACUUGAUACGUGUUUGAUUGAAGAAGAGCUUGAUUUUGUGAAAUCGGCUUUGAAAAGAGCAAUUGGGUUGUUGCCUGAGCAUGCUUUGGUUGGGUUUGUAUCAUUUGGUACACAAGUUCAAGUACAUGAGUUAGGGUUUGCGGAUCUGUCGAAAGUGUAUGUUUUUCGUGGUACAAAAGAGAUUACCAAAGAACAGAUUUUGGAUCAAUUGGGUUUAAGUCUUUCAGCUCAAAGAGGAGCUGCUCCUGGGGGUCCUGGAUUUCCUCAAAGGGGGGCUGUUGGUAAUGGGGUUGUGGCCAAUGCGAGUGUUAGUCGAUUCUUGUUGCCUGCGGCUGAUUGCGAAUACACCCUUAAUUCAGUAUUGGACGAAUUGCAACCAGAUCAAUGGCCAGUUCAACCAGGUCACCGAGCAGCACGAUGCACAGGUGUAGCGCUAAGUGUUGCAGCGGGUCUGUUAGGAGCUUGCUUGCCUGGAACUGGUGCGCGCAUUAUUGCAUUAGUCGGUGGGCCAUGUACUGAAGGCCCUGGCACUAUUGUGUCAAAAGAGUUGUCUGAACCAGUGCGUUCACACAAAGAUCUUGACAAGGAUGCAGCACCACAUUUCCGUAAAGCUGUCAAGUUUUAUGAAAAUCUCGCCAAACAGCUUGUUACUCAGGGUCACGUUUUAGACCUUUAUGCUUCUGCACUUGAUCAGGUCGGGGUUGCAGAGAUGAAAGUUGCUGUUGAGAGAACGGGCGGCCUUGUUGUUUUGGCUGAAAGCUUUGGACAUUCUGUAUUUAAAGACUCCUUCAAACGCAUGUUUGAGGAGGGAGAACAAUCACUUGGCCUUUCUUUCAAUGGCAACCUCGAGAUCAGUUGUUCGAAGGAAAUCAAAAUCCAGGGAAUUAUCGGACCUUGCACAUCUUUGGAGAAGAAAGGGCCAGCAGUUUCCGAUACGGUCAUUGGGCAGGGAAACACAACAUCGUGGAAGAUCUGUGGCCUGGACAAGACUACUUGCUUUACAGUUUUCUUUGAUGUUUCACCAACUGAUCGAUCAAACCCACAAGGAACUGCAAAUCCCCAAUUGUACCUACAGUUUCUAACAAGUUAUCAGAAUCCUGAGGGUCAAUUGAGGCUACGUGUGACUACAGUUACAAGAAAGUGGGUCGAUAGUGCUGUUAGUACAGAGGAAUUGGUAGAAGGAUUUGACCAAGAGGCUGCUGCAGUUAUCAUGGCAAGGUUAACUUCCCUUAAAAUGGAGAUGGAGGAAGAGUUCGAUGCGACGAGAUGGAUAGAUCGAUCUCUUAUACGUCUCUGUUCCAGAUUUGGUGACUAUAGGAAGGAUGACCCGACUUCUUUUACAUUAAAUCCUUCUUUCUCAAUAUUUCCGCAGUUCAUGUUUAACUUGAGGCGCUCGCAAUUUGUACAGGUCUUCAACAACAGUCCUGACGAGACAGCUUAUUUCCGUAUGUUGUUAAACCGGGAGUGUAUUAAAAAUUCUGUGGUCAUGAUUCAACCAUCACUCCUUUCUUAUUCAUUUAACAUGGGAGCUACACCGGCAUUGCUCGAUGUAUCUUCUAUUGCUGCCGAUAGGAUCCUGUUGUUGGAUGCAUAUUUCAGCGUGGUUGUCUUCCAUGGGAUGACUAUAGCUCAGUGGCGUAACUCUGGGUACCAUCAUCAGCAAGAACACCAGGCAUUUGCCCAAUUACUGCAAGCUCCUCAAGAGGAAGCACAAUAUAUCGUCCACGAGAGAUACCCCGUCCCAAGACUGGUGGUUUGUGAUCAGCAUGGCUCCCAGGCAAGGUUCUUGUUGGCGAGAUUGAACCCGUCAGCUACAUACAACUCCCAACAUGAUGUUGCCGCUGGUUCAGAUGUAAUCUUCACAGAUGAUGUCAGUCUACAAGUGUUCUUUGAGCAUCUCCAGAGGCUGGCAGUGCAGUCGUAAAAAAUAUUAGAAAGAGUUUUAUUUAUAGAAUUUGUUUUUGGGAUCUCAAUGUGGUGGAAAUACUUUUUGGGAGUGAGAUUUUUCAGUCUUUCCCCCACUUCUGUUUCUCUCUUUUUUUUUUUUAUUGGCCAAUGUAGGAGGCCUCUUUAUAUGGUGAUCAGAUAAUUUCAUCUGUCAUUCACGAUUUGUGUCCUCAAUUUUUACAGCCUUGUUCAAUUCCAUCAAGUUCAAGUGAAUUAGAUAUAAAAUUUAACUAAUCAAAACAGUUUUUUCUUCA